AUGGGCUACACAGAGGUUGACCAGAAGGCCAUCAACACCAUCCGCCUGCUCGCGGUCGAUGCCACCUUCAAGAGCAACUCGGGCCAUCCCGGUGCCCCCAUGGGCAUGGCUCCCAUUGCCCACGUCCUGUGGGACAAGUUCAUGAGGUUCAACCCCAAGAACCCCAAGUGGGUGAACCGUGACCGAUUCGUUCUCUCCAACGGCCACGGCUGCAUGCUCCAGUAUGCUCUGCUUCACCUGUUCGGCUUCGACCUGACCAUCGAUGACCUCAAGGCCUUCCGAUCCGUCGACAGCAAGACUCCUGGUCACCCCGAGGCCCACGACACUCCCGGUGUCGAGGUCACCACUGGCCCCCUGGGUCAGGGUAUUUCCAAUGCCGUCGGUCUGGCCAUGGCCCAGGCCCACACUGCCGCCACCUUCAACAAGCCCGGCUUCAACCUGAUUGACAACUACACCUACUGCUUCCUCGGCGAUGGCUGCUUGAUGGAGGGUGUCUCUGGCGAGGCCUCUUCCCUGGCCGGCCACCUCAAGCUCGGCAACCUCAUCUGCAUCUACGAUGACAACCACAUUUCCAUUGACGGCGACACCAACGUUGCCUUCACCGAGGACGUGGCCAAGCGCUACGAGGCCUACGGCUGGCACGUCGAGGUUGUCGAGAACGGCGACCACGACCUCGAGGGCAUGGAGGCCGCCAUCAAGAGGUGCCAACAGGUCAAGGACAAGCCCUCAAUCAUCAAGCUGCGAACCACCAUUGGCUUCGGCUCCCUCCAGGAGGGCACCCACGGAGUCCACGGCUCUCCCCUCAAGGCCGACGACAUCAAGCAGCUCAAGCAGAAGUUUGGCUUCAACCCCGAGGAGAGCUUCGUCGUCCCCAAGGAGGUCACUGACCUCUACGCCCGCCACUCUGCUGAGGGCGCUGCCGCCGAGGAGGCGUGGAACAAGCUGUUCGCCCAGUACGCCGAGAAGUACCCCGCCGAGGCUGCCGACCUCCAGCGCCGCCUCAAGGGCGAGCUGCCCGAGGGCUGGGAGAAGAACCUGCCCGUCUACUCGCCCAGCGAUGCUGCCAUUGCCAGCCGAAAGCUGUCCGAGACCGUCCUUACCAAGAUUCACAACGUGCUGCCCGAGCUCCAGGGUGGAUCUGCCGAUCUGACUGGUUCCAACCUGACCCGUUGGAAGGACGCUGUUGACUUCCAGAACCCUGACACCGGCCUCGGUGACUACACUGGACGAUACAUCCGCUACGGUGUCCGUGAACACGGUAUGGGUGCCAUCAUGAACGGCCUGGCCGCCUACGGCACCAUCAUCCCCUAUGGCGGUACCUUCCUCAACUUCGUCUCCUACGCCGCCGGUGCCGUCCGCCUGUCCGCUCUGUCCCGCGUCCGCGUCAUCUGGGUCGCCACCCACGACUCCAUCGGCCUGGGCGAGGACGGCCCUACUCACCAGCCUAUCGAGACUCUGGCUCACUUCCGUGCCCUGCCCAACUGCAUGGUGUGGCGCCCCGCCGACGGCAACGAGACCAGUGCCGCCUACUACAUUGCCCUGACCUCCAAGCACACCCCCAGCAUCAUUGCCCUGUCUCGCCAGAACCUGCCCCAGCUCGAGGGCUCCGUCAUCGAGAAGGCCAUCAAGGGAGGCUACGUCCUGCAGGAGGUCGAGGGUGCCCAGAUCACUCUGGUGUCCACCGGUUCCGAGGUUUCCAUCGCCGUGGACGCCGCCAAGUACCUCCUGGAGAAGCACAACGUCAAGGCCCGCAUCGUCUCCAUGCCCUGCUUCGAGGUGUUUGAUGCUCAGUCCAAGGAGUACAGACUCUCCGUCCUGCCCGACGGCAUCCCCUCUCUGUCCAUUGAGGUGAUGAGCACCAUGGGCUGGGAGCGAUACACUCACGAGCAGUUUGGUCUCAACCGAUUCGGUGCCUCCGGCGCCUACAAGGACGUUUACAAGAAGUUCGAGUUCACCCCCGAGGGCAUCACGAAGCGCGCUCUCCUCACCAUUGACUUCUGGAAGGACGUCCCCAACGUCCGCUCUCCCAUCAACCGUGCCUUCCAGCAGCUCAUCUAA